AUGGAGAAAAAUGCAAGCCUGCAUCGACAUACUGACGGAAGCUCUUUGUGUGCUACGAUCGCGGGAGAAAUGGGUGAUGUUACAGCUGUUGGCGGAGUGAAAGGAACAGCCGAGAAAUGUAAGAAUAGUGAGGCUCCUCUCAGUAGUUUGGUUAACGUUAGUUGUAAUGACAGCACCACAAAUGUAACAGCUCCCAGCAUCGUCAAUGUAACUUCUACUGCUGGGAAAUCCGAUGUGCCACAAGUGAUCGAGGUCAUCCCGGUGGAAGAGGAUAAAAAGAAGGACACUGAGCCGAGCGGACUGUGGUCAGGGUCCGAGGAUCAGAUCAGUAACGGGAUGGGGCAUGACUCGGUGCUGGCUGCAGAAGAUAGCGAGGGUGGUGCCUCAAAGUUAGUAAACAACAAAACCGACGGGCCAUUCUUACCUCCAGCUAAGGAAAGCACAGAUACCAAGACUGAGGAUCUAGCAUGUGGAGACAGUGGACCGACAAAACUUGCCAAACCGACUCAUCUGUGUCCGGACAACGCAAUCACAGCACACGUCAAGCCAGUGGUGUCCGGUGAUCCCACCUUAUCGGAGGCACUGCCAAGUGGGAGUGACCCUGAUCCCAGCCUCGGUGGAGAGUCCAGGAGCAUAGACUCCCUAGAGUCCUUCUCCAACCUGAACUCCUGCCCCAGCUCCGACCUGAACAGUGAGGGACUGGAGGACAGGGGACUGGCCCUGGCCUUGCAGAGCGAAUACGGGGUCGAUGGGACAAAGACUUGCACCAAGGACCGGGCCGCUGGUCAGUCCAUAUACCACAUAAAAUGGAUCAAGUGGAGGGAGGAGAACACCCCAAUCAUCACCCAGAAUGAGAACGGCCCUUGUCCAUUACUGGCCAUUAUGAAUGUCCUUCUGCUUGCAUGGAAGGUUAAGAUGCCACCAAUGAUGGAAAUUAUAACUGCUGAGCAGCUAAUGGAGUACCUAGGAGACUACAUUCUGGAAACCAAACCAAAAGAAAUAUCAGAGGCUCAGCGGUUAAACUAUGAGCAGAACAUGAGCGAUGCCAUGGCGGUCUUACACAAGCUGCAGACAGGUCUGGAUGUGAAUGUGAAGUUCACAGGUGUCCGAGUCUUCGAGUACACCCCAGAAUGCAUUGUGUUCGAUCUGUUAGACAUCCCACUCUAUCAUGGCUGGCUGGUUGACCCUCAGAUGCAUGACAUUGUCAAGGCAGUGGGUAACUGCAGCUACAACCAGCUGGUAGAAAAGAUAAUAUCCUGCAAACAGUCUGACAACAGUGAACUGGCAGGCGAAGGCAUCGUAGCUGAGCAGUUUCUGAACAGCACCGCCACUCAGCUGACGUACCACGGUUUAUGUGAACUCACAUCCACCGUGCAGGAAGGAGAGCUCUGCGUCUUUUUUAGGAAUAACCACUUCAGCACCAUGAUUAAAUAUAAGGGCCAGCUGUACCUCCUGGUUACAGAUCAAGGUUUCCUUACAGAGGAGAAAGUGGUGUGGGAGAGUCUGCAUAAUGUUGAUGGAGAUGGCAACUUCUGUGAUUCAGAGUUCCGGUUGCGGCCUCCGUCUGAUCCAGAGACCGUGUACCGUGGUCAGCAAGAUCAGAUAGACCAGGAUUAUCUGAUGGCGCUGUCGCUGCAGCAGGAACAGCAAAGCCAAGACCUUCAGUGGGAGCAGCUCCCCGAGGGCAUCAGUGACCUAGAGCUGGCAAAAAAACUCCAGGAAGAAGAGGACCGACGAGCCUCCCAGUACUACCAGGAGCAAGAGCAGGAGCAGGCAGCGGCUGCAGCAGCAGCAGCAGCACAGGCACAGCAGGGUCAGCAGGAGCCCACAGAGGGAGAUGAAGCAGACAGAGGAGGUGCAGGAGCAGGUGGGGCAGCAGCUGGUGCCGGGACUGGAGCGACAGCCGGAGCCACACCUAGCCCAGGGAAACAGUCCUCUUCUGGGGAGCGCAAAUCGAAGAAAGAGUCAAAGGAUAAAGACAAAUGUGUUAUUUUGUAACAUACAGCUGUCAGUGUGAGUGUGCGUUUGUUUUCGUGCAUUUGCUUAUCUGUGAGAAAGGGGACGGCAUUUGUUUCUCCAUUGAUUGGACACAAAGCGCAGUCCCUGCUUGAUGAUAAACAAGGGAAAGAGAUACGUGAGGGGAGACAUGACAAGACUAACAGAGGAUCUGCUGUUCCCAAACCACUGGUGCCUGCUAUCCUCUAUCCUCAUGGAACCUGGACAUCAGAGGAAGGGACACUACAACGACAACUACCCCUUAUCUUUCAUAGAGUCGGCCAAACUUUGUUACAAGUUGCACAGUGCACUAUAUUUGUGAUGUGGGGGUCAACUUUAUUUGGGGUGGUAUAUUUUAUAGCAAAACACAUAAUCUGAAGAAGCGACAUUUCAUCUUGCUCACUAGAUUUGUUUUUUUCAGAAAAGUCACUAAUUUCAUUUCAUUUUGUUAUUUUUUCAGUUUAUAAGCUUUUUGUACGUAUCCAUAUUUACAAAACGUAUAUAGUCAGAUCCACUUUUGGUUUCUAUGGUUUUUUUUUUUUUAGUUGAUGCCAAGACUCACAUUUUAUUUAUGUCAAUGUGUAACAGGUAGCUUUUUGGGAAAGGUUUUUUUUUUUUCUGUAAGAUGAAAGGGAUUUUUUGUGUUAACUUGCCUGUUGGAAACGAACACUACUUGUGUCCCCUCUUAAACAUGAUGUUCCUGAGUCAUAUGAACGUCUAAAGGGUUAAUGAAUGCCACAUAGCUGCCAGAUACUGUAGCUACAUAACAAUGUUCCUUACAGCUUACCUUGUUCAGAUUUGCCUUACCAGAGUAUGGCAGUGUUGUAUUCUGCUCAGUGUGAAUAUGAAUGUGUGUGUUUUCAUGUGUGUGGUGCAUACAGUACAUGUGUGAUAUGUGAUGUUAUGGCGUGUGUUAUACAUGUCUCAUACACUGAGCGUCACUGAUAGGACAAGGUUUUAGAGUAGCCACUUGUUACAUGCUGUAUUAGUUAUAUAACAAAUGCAGCAUAUUUAUAUAGUCUUUUAUGGUCUGUUAUCUCAGACGUGUUUGAGUCUGAAGUUGUUUGUGUGAGACACGACUAGAUCUUGAUGUGUGAGGUUUGUAUUCAAUCAUAGCAGGUUAGAGUGGAUGAUAGUAGCCUACACAAACAGUAUGAAAGGCUCUUCUCUUUCUCAUAGGCUCAUUUGCAGAGAUGUAAUGUGUGUGCGGGCACUAUCAUGAUCUUCCCUGUAGGGUCUUAGAUGUAGGGGUUCAGUUUCAGCUAGACCAUAAUUUAUCAUGCAGUUUGGUCAUUUACAUGUACUAAUCCUCUGGUCUAGCUCAAUUAAUAUUUUGGCGACAUGUACAUUUUUUUCCACAUACCUGCAUCCAAACAUACAAUACAAGCUCAUCUGAGUUUAACACAUGCGAUGUAGACUUUUCCUGACUUUUCAAGCAUCAUCAUAUAUUCAUCAAUCAGGUGGAACAUAAGAUGUAAGAAAUCCAAAUGGAGCUGUCCUCAGACUUAGGAUACACAGCACACUCUGAAAACUGCAUUUCACUGCAACACUGAGCAUGUAGUCACAUGCUGUAUAUAUUUUUAGUUCUUAUAAUGGGAAACGCUAGCAGUUUGUACCAUUAUUGUACCAUGGGACUGCCUCCUGAGAAACCUUUCUAUACAUUCCAGUUGGAUGCCUUGACUCAAGCCUUCUGUUAGUCAGACUGAGGAGACAGUUGCUGUACGAGGCUGUGAAGUUGUACAGCAGUCUCUGAUUUUUGUGCAACAGUUUUGUUCAGCAAGAACAAAUCCAUUGUGAGGAGAACAGGAGGAUGAUUACCUGGAGGCAGCGGGCUACCUACUGUGUGGGAACUCUUUCUUAUGGGCUUUAUUUGAUGGCAGGAGUGUUAUCUCCAUGUUUGUUUGGCCCUAACAAGGCUAUAUUUUUGUAUAUACAGUAUGACAACGCCUUACAACAUUUCAACAUAUUUUAUAAGACAAAAGGAAACAGGCGUAUCAACAGAAUGAGACAAUCCAUACAUGUUGACAUGAGCAUCAGAAAUCCUCUCAGGCCUUUUCAGAUGGGACAUGCGCUUGAGUGUUUUUUAAUGGUGUGCUUGGUGUUGGCCUACAGUCACUUUCUCAGUUUGAAGUAUGUAUGUAUGUACACACAGCUGUAUACACAAAACAUUUUGGAAUAUUUUGACACUGAAGAACUCAACACUACAUGAGUUGAACCUCACUGUCAAAAACAUGUUGAGCUGCUUGUCUCGUGUUACUUUCUACUACCUGAACAAGUUAAAUUGUCUUUGGACAGGGUUAAGGCACAGUUAAUUACACAUCUGUGUUUUUUCCAUGCAGCCUAAAUAGAUGAAACACAUUUAUUACAGAUCAUAUAUGUGAUCCUUAAUAAUCAGAAAUGAAAGCGAGGUGAAGGCAGGAAGGCUUUGUGGUAACAUCAUUUUUUUUUUUUUUUCCUUUUUUAUUUUAUGUAGGCUAUCCAUAGGGGAGCAUAGUCCCAAAUUUCACUUUGUUCAUGUCUCAGCUUGUGAUGUGAAUAUCCUGACUAAACAUUCCAGGAAAAAUCUUAAAAUGAAACUGAUUAGGAUUUGAUUGUACAAGUGUGAAGAGCGAGAAGCGACACAUGCCAUACACUUAUUUUUUGCUCCCUAUUCCAAAUCAUUAUUGCCACUUUUUUUUUUUUUUCAUUGUAUUGUGUUUGUCUUCCCCAAGGUGAAUUGAUCAGAAGGAUAUUGUGUGUUCAGUGUCUCAAAAGUGGUUUCUUGUUUACCUUGUAAAAGUGAUGGUGGGGUAAAUGCUGUAAAGUUAGUAGUUUUGACAAGGUGGUUGUUAAACAUGUAGUUGUCGUAAUUGGUUUGCACUGUUACAUUGAUAUGCACUAACAGAAAAGAAACAUACCUCAUUUUAUACAGAACAUAAAAUGUGCAAGAGUGCUAUUGUUCUUUGGGUAACUUUUAAAAAUUGAAUAAUGGCCAAAAGAAUGAUCCCAACUCGGUAGUGGUUUCUCUUUGGCCAGCUAAUUGUUCAUUUAUAACAGUAUGAAAGGGCUGUUUAACUGUUUUGGCAUAAAAUAAAGAUUUUUAUUUUGGAAAAAAAAAUAGUACCAUUUCGAUAGAAGUUAGCAAUUUGAUACCUUCAUGUUGCUGGUACACUAACUAGCACAGAAUAAAUGGAUGACAAAGGAAAGUUAUGAGUUACACCAACAGAAGGAUUUCAUUUGUUUGGAUAUUGAACUGAAGCUGCAAUUCAUUAUUUUUCUCAAAGAAAGACAAAUGUAGGAUGGACAAAACUGGUACUUGACUAAGUCAGCAAAAAACGGUGUAGAUGCACCUGUAAUUCAGGUUAUUUCUCCAGUUCAUCACUUAACUGUAAUAUUUUUCACAAAUGGGACGACGAGCCCUUAACAAAAGUAGAAAAGGCUGUUUCAUAAGGCUCAAGUGUUGUCUUUGUCGCUGAGGAAAAUGUUCAUUUGUGUUGUAUGAGACACACAUCCUGAGUGCUGAACAAUCUGAAGGGAGAUGUUUUUAAUGCAAUAUGAAAUUCCCAGAUUUUACUUUGUGGUGCAUGUUUAAUGUUGACUGAAAUGUUUGGCAGAGUAAAAUUUUAUCAGCUAUCCCAAGCAUAUAAUUUCCAUUUCUGAAUGACCCAUUAUGUUUCUACUUCACAUAAAACAUACAAGCAAAAGGAACGCGUUUGUGAAUAUGGGAGGUUACUCAUUUGUGUUGAUUUAAAUGUUCAUCUAUUUACAUAAAUGACCAAAUAAUGUAUGUAGCCUUUCACAUUACAGUCACAUAAUGUAUAUGGUGAUAUAUAUAAAUACAUAUAUAUAUAUAUAUAUAUAUAUAACAAAAUGCCUUAUAGACGAGGGACAUUCAACCUGAUUAGAAGAACGAGGAUAAUAAAAGACUUAAAUAAA